UGAUGUUGCGGAAAAGGCAGAGCGAUCCUGCCGGGCUCAGUCGGGACUGCUCGGGCGGCGGCAGAGGCGGCGGCAGUGGGGUAACGAGCGGCAUGCGAGGCCCCCCCCGGCGCUAUGGCUAGCGGCGGCUCUGGCAAGUCCAGCAGCGAGGUGUCCGGCGGCGGCAUCCCCAGCGGCAGCUCCCUGCAGAGGAAGAAGCUCAUCUCUAUCUGCGACCACUGCAAGAUCAAGAUGCAACUGGUGGCCGAUCUGCUUCUGCUGUCGAGCGAGACCAGGCCGGUGAACACCGAGAGCUUGUCUGUCUUCGGCGAGUCUUUCGAGAAGUGCAGGGACACGAUUAUCGCCAGGACCAAAGGACUUUCCAUCCUGACCCACGACGUCCAGAGCCAGCUCAAUAUGGGACGCUUCGGGGAGGUGGGGGAAAGCCUGAUGGAGAUGGGGGAGCUGGUGGUCUCCCUGACCGAGUGCUCUGCCCACGCCGCUUACCUGGCAGCAGUGGAGACUCCGGGGGCCCAGCCUGCCAUGCCCGGCUUGGUGGAUCGCUACAAGGUGACGCGAUGUCGGCACGAGGUGGAGCACGGCUGCGGGGUCUUGAAGACCACCCCCUUGGCAGAUAUGAGCCCUCAGCUCCUGCUGGAGGUUUCCCAGAACAUGUCCAAGAACUUGAAAUUCCUGACAGACGCCUGCGUGCUGGCCAGUGAGAAAUCCAAGGAUAAGUUUGCUAAGGAGCAGUUCAAACUCAGUGUCAAAUGUAUGAGCACCAGCGCCUCUGCCCUCCUGGCGUGUGUCAAGGAGGUCAAGACUUCACCCAGCGAGCUGACCAGGAACCGCUGCGUCUUGUUCAGUGGACCUUUGGUGCAGUCUGUCUAUGCUCUGGUGGGCUUUGCCACUGAGCCCCAGUUUUUGGGUAAAGCUGCCACCAUCAAUCCGGAGGGCAAAGCUGUGCAAACUGCUAUCCUAGGAGGAGCCAUGAGCGUGGUUUCUGCUUGUGUGCUCCUGACCCAAUGCCUCAGGGAUAUAGCCCAACACCCCGAAAGUAGCACCAAAAUGAGCGAUUACAGGGAAAGGUUGAGGAACUCGGCUUGCGCCGUCUCCGAUGGUUGCAACCUGUUAUCUCAGGCACUAAGAGAAAGAUCUUCACCCAGGACUUUACCGCCAGUGAACUCCAAUUCUGUGAAUUAACCCCCCCCACACACACCUUCUGUUUAGAUCUCAGUCGUUGCUAAAGGAAAAUAAUAUCCCACCUCCUCACCCCUGUUUUGUAUACCAAAGAAUUUGCUUGGAUGAGCCCAAUCCUUUGAUUUCACGUGGUGAAUGAAGCAGAACAGCAUAUUCAAAUCAUACGUACUAACUAAAGGCAGCCAGUUUUGGGCUUCUUUUCAUUUUACUUUAAAGUUGAGCAAGUACCUGCAGAUAAAUGUUCCUUUAUCCAACCAGAUCUUCACACAAAGCGGUAAAAGCGACUGCUUCGAAGUUUUAUAUCUGGGGAGGUGGGGGGUAUCUGAACUGAAAAAAAGAGGAAAAAAAAGGAAAAACAAGAAAAAAAAUAGCUUUAAUCGCGCUGGGUGCGGUUUUUAAAGUAUGUCUUGUCUUGUCUUCCGAAACUUCCCUUCUAAAUUUCACUGUUUGAUUGUGCAGGAAAAAGGUUACCUCAUUUGAAACCUGAAAAGAAGAAAACGGCACCACGUAGAUGAUGGAUGUAGCUACUGUUUGGUUUGGGUUUGUUCUGUAUGACUUCUUUUAUUAGUUUCGCAUCAAGCGUUAGGUUAGAAGUGCCAUUGGGUGUGUAGGAGCGGAAGGACUGGAGGUUGUGAUUAUGUUUUCCAUGUGUUGAUUUCCAAAACUGGGGGAAAAGCUACUGUGAGUGUUUAAACAAACAAACAAAUUACACUAUAACAGAAGUGAUUUUUAAUUUUUGUUUUUUUUUUUCCAAUGUCAGUUUUUAUCUUGCAUGUACUGGAGUAUUUAUUUCAUCUAUUAAAACGUUAUGUUUCUCAGA